AUGGACUCCUCAUCUGUCCAGCAGGAUGUUCACCUGGAGAACAGGAGCAGUAAUGGGGCUCCUGGCAGCCCUGAAGAACUUUUGGAUUGUAAAGCCAAGUCACAGCCAGUUACUGCAGAUGAAAUUAACACUACCAGUAAUAACAUGAACGAAGUGCCAAAUGAGGAGGGGAGUCUGGAGAUGAACAGCAAAGUGGACGCCUGCCAGAAUGGGCCAGAGCUGCUCUUCCCUGACUCUCCUGUGUCUUUUGACCCCACCAACUGUGAGCAGGGUGAAGAGUCAUCCCCAGGUGUGACUGGUUUCCAUGACAGCCUAAGGAAGUCUCAGGGAACUAGUGCUGAGGGCAUAGUUCUUAGGAAAGAAGCUUUGCAGUCUCUCAAACUAAGUCUUCCCAUGCAAGAAACUGAAUUGUGCUCAGUAGAGCCUUCCCUGCCAUUGGAGAAAGAAGAACAAAUCAGACUUCAGGCAAGAAGGCGUCUGGAGGAACAGCUCAAACAGUACAGGGUGAAGAGGCAUCAAGAAAGAUCGAGUCAGUCCACUUCCAAAAACCGGCCCUCCAGCACCCUGGACCCUGAGCUGAUGCUGAACCCAGAGAUCCUGCCGAGAGCCAGCACUGUAGCAAUGACAAAGGAAUACUCCUUUCUGCGGACCAGUGUCCCCAGGGGGCCCAAACUGGGCAGCCUGGGACUCCCAGCAUCCUCAAAAGAGAGGAAAAGUUCCAAAGCUAAGUCCAGUAAGAUCCGGUCCUUGGCUGAUUACAGGACUGAAGAUUCAGACCCCAGAAACACUGCUGGGAAUUUCACUGAUUUAUCUGGUGGGACUCUGAAGCAAAGCAGGAGUGGUCCAACGUCAAUUGUUUCUGAGAUUAGUCUGUCCUCUGACGUGGAUGACCGACUGGAGAGUUCCUCCUUGGCAGGAGACAGCGUCUCAGAGAUUGAUGGGAGCGAAGUGGGAAUGAGGCUGGAUGGGAAUGAGAGUGACAGCUCUACCUACAGCAGCGUGUCAGGGAAAGGGCUGUACAGCAGUUUACAGAACCCAGAAAGCAAACAGGAUACUCCUUAUACAAUAAAUGGCCAGAAGAUAGACCCUGCAGCCCUGGGGCAGUUUCCUUCCAUCAGUGAGGUGCUGCAGGCUGCGGCAGUGGAGCAUCGAGCCCAGGAGCCAGAAGUGAACGGGGAAGUUCGGAGCAGGAGAGACAGCAUUUCUAGCAGUGUUUCUAUGGAGAGCUCCAUUGCAGGAACUCAUGAUGAAAUGCUGCAGGUUCUGAAGGAGAAGAUGAGACUUGAAGGGCAACUAGAGGCACUCUCGCUAGAGGCUAAUCAGGCUCUCAAAGAGAAGACUGAGCUGCAAGCCCAACUUGCAGCUUUGAACAUGAAGCUGCAGGCGCAGAUGGAGCACAGCCAAACCAGCCAGCAGAAGCAGGAGUCUCUGAGCUCAGAAGUGGCCACAUUAAAGCAGUCUUGCUGGGAUCUGGAACGAGCAAUGGCUGACCUGCAAAAUGCCUUGGAAGCAAAGAAUGCUAGUUUGGCUUCUUCAAAUAAUGAUUUGCAGUUAGCAGAGGAGCAGUACCAGAGACUCCUUCAGAAGGUUGAAGAUAUGCAAAAAAAUGUUCUCACCAGAGACAGCACAGUUCACGAUCUGCGGCAGCAGUUGGCUUCCCUACAGAACCAGCUCCAGAAGGUGCAGCUGGAACGGACCACGCUGACCAACAAGCUGAAGGCGUCUGAAUCAGAAAUCACCUCCCUCCAGAACGUGCGCCAGUGGUACCAGCAGCAGCUGGUCCUGGCACAGGAGGCCCGGGUCAGGCUGCAGAGUGAGAUGGCCAAUAUACAGGCUGGGCAAAUGACCCAAGCAGGUAUGUUGGAACAUCUCAAGCUGGAGAACGUGGCACUGUCUCAGCAGCUGACUGAAACCCAGCACAGAUCCAUUAAAGAAAAGGAACGUAUUGCAGCACAGCUACAAAAUAUUGAGGCUGACAUGUUAGAUCAAGAAGCUGCCUUCAUGCAGAUCCAGGAGGCUAAAACCAUGGUGGAAGAAGACUUGCAGAGAAAACUAGAGGAGUUUGAAGAUGAGAAAGAACAGCUUCAGAAAAUGGCUGAUUCUGCAGCAACGUUGGAACAAGAACUGGGACAGGUCAAGUUGACUUUGCACCAGCGAGAUCUGCAGCUCGAAUCUUUACAGCAAGAGCACCUGGAGCUAAUGAAGCAACUGACUGUCACCCAAGAGACACUGCACACCAAAGAGCAGGCCCUGGGUGACCUGCAGACACAGUAUGAGGAACUGAAGGCCAGGUUAGAGGAGUUCCAAAGUGAUGCCUCUUCUAAAGAUGACACAAUCCAGUAUCUGCAGAACGAGAAGAUUGUCCUGGAAGUGGCUCUGCAGGCAGCAAAGGCCAGCAAGGAGCAGCUGGACGAAGGAGCCACACGCCUGGCGGGAGAUACAGAGGUCACAUCGCAGGUCUUGGAACAACUGAAGCAAGAAAUGGCAGUCAAGACAAGCCAGGUGGAAAAUCUGCAACAAGAAAAUGCCAAUCUCAAAAAACAGCUUCAAAAAGUGAAGGAACAGUUCCUGCAGCAGAAGGUGAUGGUGGAGGCUUAUCGAAGAGAUGCGAGUUCCAAGGACCAGCUGAUCAGCGAGCUGAAGGCUACAAAGAAGCGCCUGGACUCGGAACUGAAAGAGGUCAAAAAAGAGAUGCUGCAAAUUCAGGUUGAGAAACAGUCCCUCGAGUCUGAGAAUUCGAAGCUCCAGAAGGAAGUAUCUCAGGUUCACCAGCAGAUGGUGGAAAUAGAGAAUCAUCUUCAGUCCGUGCAAAGGGAACGAGCCGAUAUGGAAACACGCCUGCAGUCUUUGCAGUUUGAUAAGGAACAAAUGGAAUCUCUUGCUGAGGCAAAUCAGGCUUUAAAACAACAAGUAGAACAAAUGCAAGAAGAAGCAAAAAAGGCCAUUACCGAGCAGAAGCAGAAGAUGAAGCGCCUGGGGUCGGACCUGACGAGCGCUCAGAAGGAGAUGAAAGCCAAGCACAAGGCCUACGAGAACGCCGUGGGCAUCCUGAGCCGGCGGCUCCAGGAGUCCCUCAGUGCCAAGGAGGCUGCUGAGGCAGAGCUGAGCAAACUCAGGGCACAGAUUACUGAUGAUGGAAACGAUCAGAUUGCUCAGGAAAAGAUUCAAGCUCUGAAGGCAGAAUUGCGAGCUGUGAGCAGCAGUAAGUUGAUGCUGGAAAAAGAGUUGCAAGAAGUGAUUUCACUCACCAGCCAGGAGCUUGAAGAGUACAGAGAGAAAGUGCUGGAACUUGAGGAUGAGCUUCAGGAAUCCAGAGGCUUCAGGAAGAAGAUAAAACGUUUAGAAGAAAUUAAUAAGAAGUUGGCCCUUGAACUGGAGCAUGAACGUGGCAAACUUACAGGUCUCAGUCAGUCCAACGCUGCUUUGCGGGAGCACAACAACAUCCUGGAAACAGCCUUGGCCAAGAGAGAGGCAGACCUGGUCCAGCUCAAUCUGCAGGUUCAGGCAGUUCUGAAGCGGAAAGAGGAAGAGGAUCAGCAAAUGCAACAACUUAUCCAAGCCUUACAGGCUUCCUUAGAGAAAGAAAAGUUAAAAGUUAAAGACCUUCAGAAGCAGGAGGCAGCGGCCAGGGCGGACGCCGCGCACAACCGGCGGCACCACCGGGCGGCAAUGCUGGAGCUCAGCGAGGUGCAGAAGGAGCUCCACGCCAAGGAACUGCUCGUGCAGGCCCUGCAGGCUGAGGUGGACAAACUGCAGGCAGAGGAUGAAAAGCAUUCCCAGGAGGUAUCCCAGUUUCAGCAAGAGCUGGCAGAAGCCAGGUCUCAGCUCCACCUUCUGCAGAAGAACCUGGAUGACAAGCUAAGUGAGCAGCCUCUAGUAAGCCAAGAGGUGGAAGACCUCAAGUGGGAAGUAGAACGAAAAGAAAGAGAAAUUGAAACACUUAAGCAGCAGUUGGACAUGACUGAACAGCGCAGCCACAAGGAGUUGGAAGGGAUGCAAGUUGUCUUGCAGAAUAUCAAGACUGAGUUGGAGAUGGUGAGGGAAGACCUGGCAGUGACUCAGAAGGAUAAGUUUAUGCUGCAGGCCAAAGUGACUGAACUGAAGAACAGCAUGAAGUCACUGCUGCAGCAGAACCAGCAACUGAAGCUGGACCUGAAGCAUGGCAAGAUGAAGAAGAGGAAGGAACUCAAGGGAGAGAAUAACUCUUCCAAUCCUGUGACUCCAGUCAAGAUUCCUGAUUGUCCAGUGCCUGCUGCCCUGCUGGAAGAACUCUUGAAACCAUCGACAGGUGUGAGCAAGGAGCCUUUGAAAAACCUGAACAGCUGUCUCCGGCAAUUAAAGCAGGAAAUGGACAGCCUGCAGCGUCAGAUGGAGGAACACACCAUCACAGUACAUGAAUCAAUGUCUUCGUGGACUCAGAUUGAGGGGAAGUUAAUGGACCUUGGUUCUACCAGUCCUGCCACUGCAUCAGACCAGCAGGAGAUUCCUACUGCAGAUGAAAAGAAAGAGAAUUUUAGUGUUAAUGACAAGGAAGGUUUGACACUAUAACCUCCUUAUCAGUUGUCUUUCUUCCUACUGCUUUAAGUGUAUAAACAAAUCUUUAUAAAAAUUAUUUAUUUCAUUUUUUAAAAUGGUGUUCAGAGCUGUGCUUUUGCCUAUAGAAGCAAAAGGCACAGAUUUGAGAAACUGAGGUAAUAGUAAAUGCAGAACGUGCUAUUCCAAGGGUUUGCUUGAAACCUUGCCAUAACAAUUCUGUCAUGCUGGGGACUGCCAAGUGCUGAAUCUAGCUCAGCUGAGGGUUUAGUAAGAGAUUCAGGUGAAGGUUUAAAAUGAGGUCAAGAGGAGCAUCUGGUUCCAGGUCUGUAUUUGUUCAAUCUGAUUUUAUUGAGGAACUACUGUUAAUUUCGUAACAUUAGGUUUUUGUGUUUGUUUUUUUUUUUAUUUGGGGGGAGAGGGAUGUGUUGUCUUUUCUCCCAUCUUUGGUUGUAGCCAAAUGACAGUAAGUUCUUAUGUCCAGCCGUUAGCAGCAGUUGAGAACUGGAUAAUGCUGAGCAUCCUCUCUCUUCCCUCCUGCAAUCUUUUAUUCUCAAAGUUCAGAUUAUAGAUAUCUGUAUUUAAAGAGAAAAAAAAAAAAGUCAUGGUAAGCUAUUUCCAGCUAGGAAGAUGACCUCUGACCUACAGCAGAAGAAACAAGACUGUAAAGAUGAGCCCUGCAGAGCAGUUGGUGUCUCUGGGAUGUUUCCUGAAGCAUCGGUUUUUCUCUUACAGUCGCAGGCCAGUAGUGAGCUUUGCUUCACUGCACAAACACUUUGCACCUUUUUAGUUCAAGUUUUGAAGUAGACACCCUUGAAAAAGUAUGUGUGUAAAAAAAAAAAAAAAGGUAUUUAUAUAU